GGUUUUCUAAAAUUUAAUAGAAAAAAAACGAAUUGGUUGACCGGUUCGACCCGAUGGAACCCUAAUAGACUAUUAUAAUUUAUUUAGCUGUACGUACCUGCGUCUUGGGUUCACCGUUUCAGUUACAUAAAUCGAACUGAAGAACCCCGGUUAAACGAAUUUGGAUUACCAAUGAUGGUGUAGACUAGAGAACCGGCUCAGAUUUUCGGUUUGAUUAGCUUCCGGUUCGAUUGCAGUCACUCUGACUCACUUGGGGACUCUCGCGUAACACAGAAAAAAAAAGUGUUUGCUGAAAAUUGAAGGAAAGUAGAGUCAACGAAGAAAGAAGCAGAGAUAGUUUCGUUGUAACUCUAAGAAAAUGGCGAACAGCAAAUACGAGUAUGUGAAGUCAUUUGAAUUGGAGGACGAAGUCAUGCUUCCGAAGUUGAUCGUUGUUCGAAUCGAUGGUCGUGAUUUUCUUAGAUUUUCUCAAGUUCAUGAGUUUGAGAAGCCUAAUGAUGAAACAGCACUCAGUCUGAUGAAUUCGUGUUCAGCUGCUGUUUUGGAAGAGUUCCCCGACAUCAUCUUUGCAUAUGGAUACAGUGACGAAUACAGCUUUGUAUUCAAGAAAACAUCAAGAUUCUACCAGAGACGAGCCAGUAAGAUUUUGUCGUUGGUAGCUUCGUUCUUUGCUGCAGUUUAUGUAGCAAAAUGGAAACAGUUCUUUCCCCAAAAGAAAUUAGAAUAUGCUCCUUCCUUCACUUCUAAAGUUGUUAGUUGUGCUUCAGCAGAGGUUCUUCAAGCUUAUCUCGCUUGGAGACAACAGGACUGUCACGCCAAUAAUCAGUAUGACACUUGUUUUUGGAUGUUAGUUAAAAGUGGAAAGAGCAUAAGUGAAACACAUGAGGUUCUAAAGGAUACACAAAAACAGCAGAAAAAUGAGCUUCUGUUCCAGAAUUUUGGUAUCAACUACAAAACGCUUCCUGAAUUGUUUCGCCAAGGAUCUUGUCUUUUCAAGAAAAAGGUGGAAGAAACUGUAAAGCAUGAUGAGAAUGGCAAUCCUGUAAAAAGAUUGAGAAGAAAGGCUGUUCUUGUACAUUCUGAGAAUAUUGCCGGAAGAAACUUUUGGAAUGAGCAGCCCUCCCUAUAUAAUGAUCUUGGCCACUUCACAAAAGACAUUGGAAAAACUGAACCAGAGUUUAUUAGGUCGUUUCAGUUUGAGAACAAAUUGUUACCUUUAACAUGGGUUGUAGUUAGGAUUGAUGGCUGUCAUUUUCACAGAUUUUCUGACGUUCAUGAAUUUGAGAAGCCAAAUGAUGAGCAAGCGCUGAAACUUAUGAAUUCAUGUGCAGUGGCUGUUCUCAAGGAGUUUGAGGAUAUUCACUUUGCCUAUGGUGUCAGUGAUGAGUACAGCUUCGUUUUGAAGAAAGAAUCUGAGCUCUACAAAAGACAAUCCAGUAAGAUAAUAUCUGCUAUCACAUCCUUCUUUACAUCCACAUAUGUUUUACAAUGGGGAGAGUUUUUCCCUCACAAAGAAAUGAAGUACCCUCCAUCAUUCGAUGGACGAGCUGUAUGCUAUCCAACAUACAAUAUUCUAUUGGAUUAUCUGGCAUGGAGACAAGUUGACUGCCACAUCAAUAAUCAGUACAAUACAUGUUUCUGGAUGCUUGUUAAGUCUGGAAAAACCAAAACUCAAUCCCAAGAUUACUUAAAGGGUACCCAAACACGAGAGAAAAAUGAGCUGCUUAGCUGUCAAUUUGGAAUUGAGUACAACUCAUUACCUCUAAUCUUCCGAAUGGGUUCUUCGGUUUUCCACCUAAAGGAAGCUGUUGCAGUCGAGAGUGGAGAAGUAUCAGGGAAGAAACUGAAAGGAGAAGUGGUGGUACAUCAUUGCAACAUCAUCGAACGCUGUUUCUGGGAAGAACACCCUCACAUUCUGAGCUUACUUAACUCUCACAAAACAGCUACAUUUUAGUAUUUUGCUUCACGUGUAAAACUAAUUUUAUUGCAAAUUCCAAUCUCCAAUUCAUUACAACUUAUGAACAAUUGUUCAACUUUUCUUUUGCCACACAUGCGUUAUAUGAGCUCAAACCUCAGUUUACAAA